AAUCAGCAAGUUAAAACUCUGCACCUAAAAAUAGACAUAUAAUUAAAGCGUAUAGACGUAAACACCAUCUACCUUAUCAACAGCAAAUCUCUUUUAUUUUGAAGCGCGAAAAUAAAAUCGAACGGUUCCCUCGUAACCGCUCGUCCAUGACGUAACACUCCCCUAACAGCUAACAAAAAUUUUAAGCAACAUUCUGUUUUAAACAUUAACGAAAAUGAAUUAUAGGUUUUAAAAGCUUUAAAAUUCUGUCAUUUAAAAUAUAGAAACUUUUCUGUUAUAAAAUUGAUUACAAGCAUUAUAAACCGAUAAACAUAUAAUCAAAAUUUCACAGUAUGCUAUUUCGAUGGUAUUAAGCAUUGUUUGAUCACAAACCCAGCAUUUAAAAAAUUUUGUCUUUAUUUUCCACUAAGCUUAAAUGACUUUUAGUCUCCGUUAUUUCUAGAUUUCAGCUGAAAUAAAAACAUGCAAGGCGCGUCCACAGCGUCAAACUUACAUCACCAUCCUGCCACAGUACAAUCGCAGCUAAGGAGCGGAGUAGCCAUAACUUCGGUUUCACAAUGCGUGGAGGAAUUGAUUGCCAACAGUAUCGAUGCCAAUGCAAAAACUAUCGGCAUUUUCGUUGACCUGAAAAAGUACUAUGUUCAAGUGACCGACAAUGGCUGUGGCUUUAGCAAAUAUAAUCUGUUCAAAUCAGCUCGUAGGUACGCAACCAGCAAAUGCCCGGACAGUGAAAAUUUCAAAUUUAAUCUGGCUCAUUACGGCUACCGUGGCGAGGCGUUAGCGAGCAUGGCGGAGCUCUCCUCGAACGUCAGCAUUAUCACUUGCAUGAAAGGAGACGGUUCACCUUAUUCGAAAACUAUAUCUUCGUUUGGUACGAAGCAUAGUGAUAUUCAAACCCACGUUGCCACUAAGCAGCAACAAGGAUCAACUGUGACAGUAAGCGGUCUUUUCUCCAACAUGCCUGUCAGACGCAAAUACAUGGACGAUGAUAUUGAAGCUGAACAAAUUCGCAAAACUGUCUGCAAUUUAGCUCUUUCAAAUCUGGAGGUUACAUUCACGUUAAAUGUGUUAGAAUCGGCGCAUACUUUGAGACUUAGCCGAACCACUGAUCCGCUUAUCAGGUCUUCAUUGAAAUGUUUGUGUAACGGACGCAAUCAUCUUGCUAACAACGUUUCGUUUAGGUUGAACACUAUUCAUGAUUCAGUUGCAAGUCAAAACUUUCAAACCAUUUCAACUACUAAUGGGAAACUGCAUAUUGAUGCUUACUUAAGUGAGACUGGUCAUCGCAACAAAUCCAUACAAUACGUUUAUGUUAACAGGCGGUUAGUGCUAAAGACCAAAAUUCACAAACUAUUGUCCGAAUUGACAAACCAGAGCCAACGUGACGAUUCUGAUGUCAAAGGAAUUAUCUCAUCACCUGCCUACGUCAUUUACCUGAAAUGCCCCUAUAAAUGGUAUGACAUUUCACUUGCACCUGGCAAAACCAUGGUUGAGUUCCGAAACUGGAAUUUUAUUUUGUCAGCGGUUCGAAAACUUUUUUGUAAAGCGAAAAACAUUCCUUGGAUCAGCGUUGAAACUCCCGCUAACUUUAAAAGCGAAUCAAUGGAUAUAAACACAGCUACAGAUCUCGUGUGUGUGAUGGGUCGUGCCGUCGGUACAACACGACCAUGUGACUUCACGAAUGCAAAAUCAACGUCGCCAAAUGGAAAUACGACUCAAAAUUGUCCAUUUACCGAGCAAGAUCAAAAUAAACACACCGAAUUGCCGAAAGACUGGGUUACCAUGUUCAGUCAAAACCUUGGACGUACGGUAUUUUUCAACACUAAAACUGGGUGCUCAUCACUAACUAAGCCAACCUUAGCUCGGUCGACAGAAAUCAACUUAAACAAACGUGGUAUUGGCCUGAACAAAGUACUGGUUCCCAUUUCAAAAACGCCUCGGUUAUCAGCAAACUUGUUGCAAUCUACACAAAAAACAGUUAAAAAGCCGAUGCCAAGUGUUCGAGUCGAUAACGUUACCGUAUUUCGACCACAGCAACAGAACACAACAGCGCACCCAACAUUUUUUCAAGGUAUUUACACAGAAGUAAAGUUGACAAAAGAGGUCUUAACGAAAUUGAAGGUAAUUGGUCAAUUUGGGAACAAGUUUAUUGCAUGUUCUGUUGGCUGCACCACUGAUUCACGUGGUAUGCUACUACUGGUUGAUCAACACGCUGCCCAUGAAAGAGUUCGUUUGGAAUCUUUUAUCUCCGAUGCCUAUGAAUCAAGCAAGCGAAUAAAUCUGAAGACAUCUAAACUUGAAAGCAAAGUUGAGAUUAAUCUGACCAAAACGCAAACAGCAGCUGUACGUAACCACCCAGAAGUCUUCUACACGUGCGGACUGCGAUUUGACUCCGAUUUGAAUACAGAAGAUGAUCUAGUAACGGUUAACAGCAUUCCUUCUCUGCUUACCACUUCUGGCACUUUAAAAGAGACGAUUGAGAAUUUGAUUGAAGAGAGAACACAAGCAUUGUAUGUAAACCGUGGGGUUAGCGACAGCAUGUCCCCUGUAUUAUUUCAACUAUUGUGUUCCAAGGCAUGUCAUGGCGCAAUACGAUUCGGUGACCCACUCGCACUGGAACAGUGUACUGAGCUGCUUACGGCGCUGUCCAAAUGCGAUUUUCCCUUUCAGUGUGCGCAUGGUAGACCUUCUGUUAUGCCGCUGUUGGAUUUGAAUACACUUAAGACUAAAAAGAAAAGAUUAAACUUGAAAGCACUUAGUGAAAUACAAAAUACAGUUUAAUUUUUUUAUUGUGUGUAUAAA